AUGCUUGUGUUGGUCGUUGACCGUCUUCAGCUUCUCAUCCAGCAUCCAGAACUUCUUGACGCUGUCCUGGGCAUCUCCCUCAGCUCGCACCUGACCUUGGUGGUGAAAUUUGGCGAGUUCGGCUUGAGUCUUGGACGAAAACUCCGCCGCGGUCAGUUGCUGCUUAAGGGCCUCCUUCUCUUCCAGCAGGUUCUUGACUUGCUGCUCAAGCUCAGCUUCAACGGUGGCCUGGGCACCGACUGGACCACGGGCUUGAGAAGUUUGAGUCAGCUGUGCGGCGAAUUCUGCCCGCAGAGCCUUCUCUUGCUCCUCAAGCUUGGCGCGCGACCUCUCGCUUCAGCGCGUCAUAGUCGCGAGUUUGGAAGACAAGUCGGCACAUUCCACCCUCAGGGAUUGGUUCUCUUGACCCUGCUGGGACAAGGUCUCGAGACGGCGGGUCAAUCCCUGAUACUCGCCCUUCAAUGUUUCUUGGCUGUUGAAGAGCGAGAUUCCCUCAGCGAGCAUGACGGAGUUGCGUUGACACAGGUCCUGAUUCUCCGCGCGCAGGUUCUGGACUUCCUGGUGCAGGUUCACAUUUUCCUGGCAAGCGGCCUGAAGCUGGGCGUUUGUGUGCUCCUGGAGCUGGUCGCGGUCGGCAAUGGUCGAGUUUCGAACAUCAAAUGUCUCCUCUCCGGGGUUUUUGGCACGCAGUUCAUCGUACAGGCGGCGCCACUUCGAGGCGUCGGUGAUCAGGCGACGUUCAUCCUCUCGUUCCUUCGACCGCAAGAGGUAUUGCUCCUCCUUGAAGCGAUCGAAGGCUUUCACGCGAGAUGCUUCGCCGUUCCGAAGCUGGGCGUUCUCCCCGCGGAGUCGUUCAACCUCAUCCUUCACAUCUUUCCACGCGGCGUCCUCUCCGGUGGUGCUGUUAAUGGUUAG